GCACGAAACUUAACGGCGGUUGCAAGAAACAAAUUAACAUUCAGUUGGCCUUUACAACUGUAUAUCCAGUCUUUCCUACAGGAGGAGGGGUGACAUGAACGCCUCACUGAGAGCAGGAGGCGGUUGAUUGUCUGCGCUCAGUCCGAGCUGAGCAGCACAACCGGAGCGGACUCUGCCGCGAAGGUGCGCCACCGUCCUACCUCAGCACGGCGGCCUGAGCCAUCAGUCUGAAAAAUCGCUGUUCUUCAUAAAAAAAGCAUUCAACCCAGUAGCCAUGGCUGCUGAGGCCGAGAAGGUAGAACCGGCUGAAAGCGAACAAGACGAAGAAGAAGAUGUAUACGAAGUGGAAAGGAUAAUUGACAUGCGGGUGGAAGAGGGCGAAGUGCUUUACAGGGUCCGCUGGAAGAAUUACUGCUCUGACGACGACACCUGGGAACCCGAAGCCCAUUUAGAAGACUGCCAUGAAGUCCUGCUGGCGUUUAAGAGGCACCAGGCUGAGCUAAAAGCCAAGAAGGAGGCUGAGUCCAGGAAACCUGUGCAAAAACUUUUGCCUAUAAAGAGCGACGUGUUCGACGCCGACUCGGAGAGCGACAGCGACAAAGACCGCCCGACGGAGGUCCUCGUCAAAAAGAAGAAGAAGAAGAAGAGGAUCCGGGAGGAAGAAGAGGAGGAACCCCCUCCGAAGGAGAAGAAGAAGAAAAAGAAGGACAAACGCCGAGAUGAGCCGAAGCCGCUCCCCGCGCCGGAAACGGACGACGACGAAGAGGAGGAGGCUCCCCCGACCCCGCCCUCUCCCCCAAAGGAGGCAAAGGUCGAGCCCAAGAAGCGCUACGCCGACUCUGACGAGGAGGAAGACGGAGCGCCAUCUUCCAAAAAGCAAAAGAAGGAGAAGGGAAAGGAUGGAGGGAAGCACAAGAAAAUCAAGACAGAGGAGGGGAAGAAGAAGAAGGUGAAAAAGGAGUGGAAAGUGGAGAGCUCUGACGAUGAGGCCGCCGCGCCAGUGGAGGGGGAUCUGAGCGACGGGCCAUCCGAGUCGCAAGUGGAGGACUCGGGCUCGGYGGAGGCCGUCGCCAAGCCAGCGGAGAAGCACAAUCUGGAAGAUAAGAUCAAGCAAAAGAAGGGCAAGUGGGAGGUGAAGCUGCAGGGAAUCAAGGACCUCAUCAGCGAGAAAAAGAGCAAGAAACCUGACGGCAGCCUCCAAAAACCCAAGAGUCAGAGUUCGAAAAGCAAGGAGGACGGCGCUCUCCAGUCAGACUCCAGCGACAACUCCAGCCUGCACAAAAAGGCCAAGAGCAAAGGGGGUGACGGCACGUCCGCCGCACCGCAGAAAGCCCCUUCUUCCUCUACGUCGUCGUCUUCUUCGUCUUCCUCCUCAGCCGCCAUGGCUACCAGCAAGGUCAAAGAGGACGAGGCGACUAAAGAGGAGGCUCUGGGACAGAAAGACGCCAGCGGCUCCACAAAUCUCUUCGAAAAGUUCUUGUUGAACUGCGAGGCCAAGGACCGGGCCCCCCGCAGGCCGCCGCCAGCCUCAGAGAAGAGCAGCAGCAAACCCACCAAGUUGAUAGGAAAGAUCGAGAAGAUCCACAAGCCGACCAAAGAGUCUCCGUCUCAGAAAGCGGAGCCAGAGAGGACCGAGCGGACGAAGCAGUCAGACGUUCCCAGAGCCAGCCAGAGUCACGGCUUCAGCCUGGACAGUGACGAAAGGGAAGAGGAAUCCACGGGGAAACCGCGGUCAGCAGACGACUCCAGAGAGCGAAAGGAGAGGGCAGACGAGGCCCUGCGGCCACCUUGGGAGAGGAGGAGUUCGGCCGACGACAGGAGGAAGAGGAGAGACGACAGCGAGCCCAGACUCUUCAUUUCAUGUGAUGAGAACCAGGAGCCACCAGAGGGCAACGAUAAAUCUGAGAGGGGUCAAGCCACUUUGAGCCUGGGAAUGGAUCUGAACCUGGACUGGAUGACGCUAGAUAACUUUCAGAAGCAUUUGAACGGAGAGGAUGAGAUCUUGUCAGGUCCACCGUUGUCACCCAGUGAACUGCGAGACGCUGUGAAAAGCGGCGAUUACAUGGCUGUUAAAUUAGCACUCAACUCCAAAGAGGACUACAAUCUGGAACAAGAGGCAAGUACUAUUGAUGAGAAGAGAUCAUAUGAAGGAGAGAGGAACUUGAUUGAAGCUAAAAGAAAUAAAGAGGCAGCAGCAAAGGAGAAUAUCCCACAACAUAUGGAUGGUCCUCAGAGUGACAGUAGAAUUUCAAGCUUCCAAGCUAGCACAAACGCUGAGAAAUUAACAGCGAAGAAACGUAAACUACGGGGCGGAAUCAAUAAAACUCAAUCGAAGAAUACAUUAUGUAAAACUUCAGUCGCGCAGAAAAGUCAAGGAGAGGAACAGAAAAUCUCAGAUGACACAAACGGUGCAUUAUCAACCCAAAUGACUCUGAACACUGUUGAUUUAGAUUUAACCAAAAACGCAGACAAGAGAUUAAAGCAGGUAGAUGACAGAACUCAACAAAAGCACAUAGCAAGCAAAAUUAAAGAUGCCAAAGAAGGGAAUGACUCAGAUGAGCACACGGAUGGUGCAGUGUUGGAAAACGUUGAUGGUUUGGAUCAAACACUUACAAAGUCUGACAGAGAAGAGACAGUUAAAACACAAUGUCUUCAAAGGAGAAAAAUAGCCGAGGUCACGUUACCGACACGAUCAAGUCUACGGACCCGCAAGCAAGUGGUCGAAACAAAACCCAUCAUCGUAGUUAAAGAAAAAAAGGAAACUUACAAGAAACGCUUGUGCGUGUUUUGCGAAAAUUAUUUUACUCAAAUCUCAAGGCACUUGGAAAGUAAGCAUGCAGAAGAACCAGAUGUUGCCCAUGCCAUGCACUUUCCCAAGGGUUCCAAAGUAAGACAGACCAUGCUGGACCAGAUUCACCAUAAAGCAAUUUUCAARAAUUGUGACGUUUCUAAGUGUGGCGAGGGAGAAAUUGCGACUAAUAAGCAGCUGAAGAAAACAGCCGUAUCUGUGCGCGACUUCUUGCCCUGCCAGCACUGUCUUGCAUUUUUUCGCAAAACUGAUUUAUGGAGGCAUGAGCGGACGUGUAAGAUUGGAAAGGCAGAGCACAAAUCUUCCGAAAAGACAAACCGAUCCAACAGUUGCAAUUCUGUCUCCGAUCUACUUCCAAUGUCGGAGUUCUUAACUGGAAGCUGCAAAGAAAUCAUUCAAAUCAUGCAUCAAGAUGACAUUUCAAGACAUAUCCAGUUGGACCCACUCAUUUGUAAAUACGGCAAUACCUUGUCAGUCAAGUAUGAUCAUGAUAAGUCUCAGUUUGCUUACAUUGCACAGAAGAUGAGGGAGUUGGGUAGGUUUGUUCUUGCUGUGAAUGAGCUGGACAAGACUGUGAAGUACCUUCACGAAAUAUGUCUACCAUCCAAGUUUGAAUUAGCUGUUGAGGGGGUCAAAAAAGUUAGUGGCUUCGAUCCAAAUUCUAGUAAGUUUAAAACGAUUUCCCUUGUUUCAAAGAUUGGCUACUCUCUAAAGCGCGCAGCAGAGAUAGCAUUUGGAGAAAGUCGCAUGACGGAGGACAGCAAAACGGAGGGCGAAUUGAAAAAGUUCAUUGAACUAYUUGACACGAAAUGGGCCGAGUGUUUUUCUCGCAAAGCACUUACCUGCUCUUUAAAGCAAGAAACCAAAAAAGUGGAUGUCGACAAAUCAACUGUGACUGAAGAUUUGAUAAAACUCCACAGAUUUAUUACAGGAGAAGAGGAAGAAGCAAGGAAGGACUUAAAAGACAACGCUAGCAUGUCGACAUGGAAGAAGCUAGGUGAAGCCACGUUGGCAAACGUCUGUCUUUUUAACAGGGGAAGAGUGGGAAAUAUUGGAAGGCUUCUUCUGAAAACGUACUCUCAGAGGACGAGUGAAGGAACAUGCAUUCUCUCUGCGGAUCAAGUUAGAAAGAGCACAAACCUGGAGCUGGAACUUCGUUCCAGUUUUACAAGACUGGAACUUGAAGGCCAGUAUGGACGGAACAUGCUGGUUCUGUUAACAGACAGGAUGGUUUCAUCAAUUGACUUGCUUGUUGAGAACAGAGAGCAAGCAGGCGUCUCCAAAACUAACCCGUACCUGUUUGCAAGGACGGAGGGACCCUCUUUCAUAAGAGGAUUGGACUGUUUUCGAAGAGCUGCAGUUGAGUGUGGCGUUAAAAAUUCAGAAGCACUUCUGUCCUCAUCUGGAAGAGAGCAGAUUUCCACCUGCUGGCAGCUCAUGAGCCUCACUGAACAGGAACUGGACCAAGUAGCAAAGAUGUUGGGAAGGAGCAACCAAGAAUGUCACAGCGUUUCUCAAAAUGCAACACUGCUGGAGGAAAUCGGCAAAGAACUGCUGAAGAUGGAUAAAACAAUGCCAACAAGUCGGCCAAGCACUACAAAAGAUGGAACUCGACCAAAGCAGCUUUUAAAAAGAAGACCCUGGACUGAGAAGGAACAGAUGGCUGUCAAACGCUACUUGAAUGAAUUCAUCACAAGGAUGAAGGUUCCAGGCAAAAAAGCAUGCAAUGCCUGCAUAGCUGCUGAGCCAGAUCUUGGAGGAAGGUCUUGGACGGACGUUAAAAACUAUGUCCACAACACAUUGCAAACAAUGCGUAGGAGAAAUAACCAGCUGAGGUCUGAUGGGAAUAAAGACGUUUUGAACACAAAGAGUUCCAAAACUCCAGACCAAACCGUAAAGUCCGAAAUAGAGGAGACGAGUGUUUGUACGAUGACGACCGUGAAUCCAGAUCACUUGCAAGAAAGUAGCUUGAACUGUUGUAUGACAAUGCCACCUUCGGCAAACAUAAGGGAACCAUCACCUUUCUCCCAGGAGAUUAAUGCUAGUUACACGCCAUUUUGUUCUUCAAAUACUAAUAUGAUCCACACGAGUCAGCCAUUGAUUUCAAACUUCACACCACUAAACGCCACUGAUACUCAAGUGGUUCCUACGUUUACCCCACACCACACUACAAAUACCUUAGUGUCUUCUGUAUACGCAUCAGAGAACAACCACAACCUGUCCAUGUCGUCUUUUUAUGGACAGAAUACUACAGGUAUGUUGCAUUCAUCCGUGUAUACCCCACUGGAAGCUACAAACUCACCGCUGAUUCCUUCCUAUACACAUUUUAAUACCCCAUGUACUUCAAUGGUUCCUACAUAUACACAGUUGAACACUCUGAGUGCACCAGUGAUUUCUGCAUUCUCCACGCUAAAUGACAGAAGUAGGCCUGUCAUGUCUUCGUUCUCUCCUCUUGACCAUUCAAGUACCCCGCCCUACCACACUAGCCCUACGAGGGUCCACGCAUCUGCGCAGGUUGUUCCUUCAAUCCACGAACAUGCUGUUUCUGAAAGUACGCCGGUGGUACAGGAAAGCGCACCGGUGUCUUCUGUGAAAAAACGAGCCCCUCCGGGCGUGAAGCCUCAAAAAAGAAACAAGCGUUUAUGGAGCGAGGAAGAACAGGCAGCAGUGAGGCGGCAAUUUGGAGACUUUUGUCAGCUGGCGAAGGUGCCGGGGAAAAAGGAAUGCGAUAGAUGUUUAGCUGCCGAACCGGCACUGAACACCAGAACAUGGAGGGAAGUGAAGUAUUUUGUGCAUAACUCUAUUCAGUCACUCAAAAGAAGAGGUCAUGCAGUUGCUUCCAAACAGGAUAGACCACCGAAACCAGAAACUCAGACUUCGAGCAAUGAGUGGGAUGGUCCUGUGUAUCUUUCCCUGUAAAUAAUUUGACUAGACUUGCACAAAAACAAUGUGAUGACAUGAGAGGUCUGUGGCUUUAACCUCAAUCUGAUUGGGGUGGGAAAGAAGGGGGGGGUGGAAAAGCUAAAUUUGUGUCGUCCACAAUGUCCAUUUGCCGUGAUCUCACUUGUUGUUUUUAUGUUUAUUCUUGCAUUUUCAGACAGUCCUGCCGGUUAGAUUUAGGUUUUUUUUUUUUUAAUGUCCUUAUGUUUUCAAAAUCCAGUGAAACAAGCUUCUUUGUUGCAUGAAUUUCCCCAGAUGUGGGAAAGAAAGAAUGAUUGUUCUGUAACCUGCCUCGGGUUAAGGAGAUUUUUAAAUAUGACAUGCUCACUACUAGUGUUUUGUUACUCAUCCAUAAUGCAUAUCAGUUUAUACAUUGGGGUGGAACGUGAAUUUUAUUGGACAAGGAUUUGCAGCUCGAGACAUUUUUCACUUUAUUCGGUAAAUCCCUUGACUGAAUAUCCAAAGGAUCCAACUCUUAAAUAUUUUUGAAGAGUGAUUUCUGACUGAGAAUUGGCUUGCAUUGAGAUCCUUUUUGUUUCCUGUUGUACUGUUUUUAGUAGCAUUUUAUGUAUUUUUAUUUAACAGAAAACCUUUUCGAGAAUCCUUGCAUUCAACCCAGCUAAUGUGAGAGGUGUACCUUGUUGUGUAUCAUUACUAUAUCAUGUCUUCAGCCAGUAGCCGAUACUGUAGGUAGGUUUUUAACAACUUUCUUGUAACACUAUAGCAUAGAACCUGUCUUGUACAUUUUUCACUAAGACAUGGACAGUUCUUCAGCGGAUUUUAAAGGUCAUGUUAUUAUUGAUAAGUUGCGGUAGUUUUUCUUUCUACCCAUUUGUAUUACAAAAUACUUUGUAACACUAAAAAGCGACUGUUUACAACAUUUUAUUAUUUUAUUGUGCUUGAUUGACACUACUUUGAGUUACUGGAUGUUUACCAUUAAUCUGCUUGCUAAGAUCCAGCUGCCUUACUGUGGUGUAUUUUGUUUAAAUCCUUCUGUCCACCUAAGAUCACAUCAAUUAUGCAAAUUUUGAUCUUGACGGUAAGAUUUUCUUAUUUUGUUUUGUUUUUUUGCAGAAAAAAUAUGUUAUUUUAAUUACUUUUGGAUUGCUGUUAUCAAUGUGCCUGACAGAAAGCGGCUGAAAAGUUUGAAUUUCCUAAUAUGUGGAAGUUACAGUUUGGUUGAGUAUUGACUCUUAUUGCUUGCGCUAAAAAUAAUAAAAAAAACGGCAAGAAAGAAAGUUAAUUUUGUUAAAGUUCAGUACAAACUUUAUUUAUUUUCCUUUGUACAUUCAACAAGGCAUAUGCUAUAUAGAUUGUGUUAUGUAGAUACUUUUUUUUAAAGUUUAAAUCAUCAUGAAGGUCAUUUUUGUUCUCACUAAGGUGAAGAGAGAGAACUUUCUUCGAUCUAAGCAUUACACGCCUGUUACAGAGGCUUUUUUUCUAGCCUUAGUAGCUGCUAGUGAACCUAAGUUGAGCCUGUGUUCACGUUCUCAUACCAAAGUCAUUAGAGUCACUGUCUGAUGUUUCAGUUUGGCUGAAGGGGCGCAUUGAAGUAGCAACGGUUAGUAGGAUGUGGAGCUUUAUGGUGUGGCAAGAAUCUAUUAUUAUUUCUGUUGUUGUUUUUUUUUACGUGAAUAGCUUUGUGGAAGCUUUUGUUUGUAUGCAAUGUUACUGUAAAAAAAAAACACUUGUUGCUUGUUUAUCCUGUUUACUUGUAWGUAGCUUCAGUUAAUGUUUUACUGUGAGGAACUUGUCACUUCUAAUAAAAAAAACUUCUGGGCUUGAUAA